AUGAGUGAUACUGAUGAUACAGACGCCCUUUUAGUAAUAUCUCCGGAUACCUUCUUAGUUAACUUUGAUUCUGAUUCUGGAAUAACACUUUGUGAGAAACCACCAUGUGUUGUUGAUGUUAUGAUCAAUCAUGUUGACGAUUUGCGCCAUAAAUUAUCGCAAUUGAAUGCUCAGCUUUGUGGGGAAUCGCAAAAUAAUUAUAGUCUACAAUAUACUCAUAAAUUUAGAUCUGCAGUUGAUUACACUUCAUGCCCUAACAUGGCAAGCAAUGAUGUUAGAAACACAAAUGUUCGAUGUCAAGAUGGUAGUAAAAUGCCUCUGCCAAAUCAGAGCUUAUAUUCUGAAAUUCCCAGCAUGUUCUCUGAUAUAAGCAGUAUUUCAAAUUUUCCCCAUGCGAAUUAUGCAGAUGAUCGUCUAUUGCUUGAAAUAGAUAAUUUUCUAACAAAAACUGUAGCAGGGUUUGAAAAGCAAAAGUUUGUUAAGACUACCUCUUCAUAUUCAAGGGCUUUAGGCAAUGAUAAUCAUGAUUCAAAAGAAAACGAUUGUGCAAAAAACAGUGGAUACUGCUUUAGUUUUGUACCUGAACUUCAGUUACCUGAUUCCAACAGAGCCACGUAUUCAUCAGAAUGUACUGAUCAAAAACAAAGUGUGCAAGAAUUAUAUAAUGGUGAAAUUACGUUAAGUAAAAAUUUAAGAUCUAAAGAAUAUGAUACUAGUAAAGCAAAUUAUAGCAAAUUAAGUUUAGAAAAAUUAUGGAAUUUUGAAUAUAAAGAUUCAAACAUGGAACAAGAAAGUGAAAAGCUACGCCGAGAGCACUGUGAACAGGAAAUCCAACUUUUACAAACAAAGUUAUUGGAAUCUCAAGAAAAAUUAGCAGUUGCAAUAAAAGUAGAUAAAGCUAAAGACAAUGCUAUAAAUCAAUUAAAACUUGCUUGGCAAAGAUUAGCAAAUAAUUAUGAAAACAGAGAUAUCCAGUUGAAUGCUCUAAUGAACAAUAUGCAGAAAGAAAGGCAGCUGUUAGAAAAUGAAAAGCAAAUUUAUGUAAAGUCUUGUGCAACCCACAAAGAAGAAAUAACAAGUUCAUAUGAAUUAGUUAAAUCUCUCAAAGAAAAAUUAUUAAUAUUUGAAAAAGCUGAACAGGAUUUGAAGAUGUGCGAAAUGGAAACAUCAAGAAGAUACAUAUCAAUGUCACUGCAGAAUACUGAACUACUUUACAAUGGAUUGCUGAAGGAAAAAAAUGAAUUAAAUCAACAAAAUGAAGAGCUCUCUCGAACAGUGGAUACAUUAAGGAACGAAAUAGAAAAUGAACAUAAAAAUUUUGUAUCUGAAGAAACAAAAUGUAAAACCCUUGUGGUUAAAUGUGCCAAUUUGGAAUCUGAAAAUCAUAUUUUGAUAGAAGAAAAAAAGAAUCUUAAAAAUAAACUAUCCCAAGAACAAGAGAAAAAUAAUAGAUUGGAAAUAUUGAAAAGAAAUUUAAAUUCUGCACUCGAUGAAUCUAAACUUCGUGAGGGUAAAUUGUCUUCAGAAGUAAAAAUUAUUAAGAAGCAAUUAGAAACUCAAAAAAAGGAACUAAAGGAAUUUUAUCAAAAUCAAGUUGAAACUGUUGUGAAAGAAAAAAUGCAAGAAUUUCAGACUCAACUAGAAUUUGCUGAAAAAUGCAUGGAAGCAGAGAUUCAAAAACGGGAGCAGACACUUAUGGAAAAAUUAAUGAAACAGAUACAGAGUCUCAUACAACAAAGUGAGUUGGAAGUUAAUUUACUUAAAGAAAAACAUAAAGAGGAAAUGGGGCUGUGCAAAUUGCAGUUGAAGAGUACUAGUCAACACAAUUCGAUUUUAAAGGAAAAACUAUCAAAUUACUAUGCCAAACGAGGUAAAAUAGCAGAACAAUUACAUAAAGUUAUGGAAAACCAAUGGCAAGCUGCUUUACAAAUUAUUUCCAGUCCAACAGUUUUAGAUAAAAAUUCAGAUAAUGAUUUGAAUGGUAUAAUGUCUGCACGAAGUAAUUUUGAUGCAGAUGAUCUGAAAACUAUAAAUUAUCCAGAAAAAGAUAUUGAUAAGUUGGAGAAUGAUUCCAGUAUAAAACCAAUAUUGAAGAAAAAUUCUUUGAUGGUUAUUUCAACACCUGUUUCUAGUCGCAAUGUUCCAAAUGAAAAUGAUUUGGAGGCGUAUUUAAAACAAUUUUUGUUGCAUGCAUCUGAAAAUAAACAAAACUCUUCUGAUUGGCAGAAAGUAUCCCAAAGUACGCCUAAGUUGAAAAAUUUUUUAGAGCAAGAUGAUGAUUCAAAAUCGGAAGCUGGAAAUGUUUAUUUUAAGAAUUUAAAAUAAUGACGAAAACUUUUUAUGUUCAGAUAUAAUUUAAAGAAUGAAUUACACACUUUUAUUUAUAUGAAAGAUAUAUUUUAUAAUCAAUAUACAAUGGCAUUAAGUUCUUAUAG